GGAAGGUAGUUUCAGGAGGAAGCGCUGUGACGGUGAGCGGUAGCAGUAAAGAAAUCCGGAGUAGAGAAAGCUAAAGACACACACACACGGACGCACUCACUCGAAUGGUAUUUUGUCUCCUGUCAUCUCACGAUGUCAGUCACUGAGGACCUUCCGGACAUGGAUGGGACAGACCUACUGGGGCUGCUGUUCCACGAUGGAGAGGGCGGAUCUACUGAGCCCUUCUUUCCUGAUGGCAACAGGCUCAUCGAGUCCUGGUUGUCUGAACAAGAUAUGCUGACAGGUAUGGAUACUGAAGACUUUCUGUCCAGCUUGUUAGAGGGAGAAGACAACAUGGGGGCUGUCUGUCCCUCUCAUUCUCCUUUGGGCAGCGACAGCGGCAUUUCUGAUGACAGCAGCACUGUGGUUGGAAACAACAAUCUUCUGGGAUGCCCAAGUCCUCAUGGCAGUGAUAGUGACGUUGUGCCCAGCCCCAGUUAUUCACAGCCCAGUCCUGUGCACUCGGACCCUGCCAUGACCCCUGGAGAGCUGCACACAGAGAGCCUGGAGGCCUUAACCGUCCAGGCAGAUCACAGCUACUCUCUGCUGCAAAGCGGAGGGACGGACAUGGACAUCCUGCAGAGUGUGAGGGCAGAGAAGCCAGAUACAGAUGUCUUCAUUGAUCUGGACGACCUGGUGAGUGAGGCAAUGGAGGAGGACGUCACCAGCGAGCUGCCCUGCACUUUGGCCAUCGAGGACUCAACAGAGGAUUUAGCACAGCCCAACAAAACAGACCAGUUCCAGUUUAAAGAGAUUGUGCUCUCUGAGGAGGAGAAGCGGCUUUUGGCGAAAGAGGGAGUAACCAUUCCCACACACAUGCCUCUCACAAAGGCAGAGGAGAGGACCCUGAAGAGGGUCAGGAGGAAGAUCCGCAACAAGCAGUCUGCUCAGGAAAGUCGCAAGAAGAAGAAGGUGUACGUUGAUGGACUGGAAAACAGGGUUGCCAUCUGUACUGCACACAACCUGGAAUUACAGAAGAAAGUCCAAAUGCUUCAGAAACAGAACAUGUCCUUGAUAGAGCAACUGAGGAAACUACAGGGUAUUGUGAAGAUGUCAACUAUGAAGGCCAGCACAACCAGCACUUGUGUUAUGGUGUUCCUGCUCUCUUUCUGUCUCAUCAUCUUCCCGUCAGUCAAUCCAUUUGGGGGAAACACAGAGCAGAAGGAACUCUACACACCCUCCUCCAUCAUCUCUCGGACUUUGCGCUCAUUGCCACCAGAAAGCACAGAUGCCAUAUCCUACCUGGAGCCUGAGGAGGAGGAGCUUCUCUUAAUGCCCCAAGCAGAGGUGGAGAACAGUAAAGCCAUCUUCGCCGGGGGUCAGAAGAACCACACCCCCGACUACCAGAGGGUGGAGCAACCUGACUCGGAAACAGGCGUCAAUAGCAACUCCUCGGCAGACUUCCCUGGUCCAGCUCAGGCCGCAGAGAUGAAACCGGGGCCGGCUGGCGGAGUAGGGGCCUUACAGGAAGGAUCCAUUGAUCCUGUAGUGGCGUCUGCUGUGGCAUACGAGGUUUCAGGGUCCAAGGAUAACUGGAUAGAUCGAAACCCCCCAUCUGUCAUAUUACAGCAGCACCGCUCAGAUGAGAUGUAGUUGGGAGAUAUUUAUUAAUAUAACCAGCAGAGGGAGCCAUAUUCCUAAUGUUUUGGGUACAACAGGGAAGCUUAAACUUACAAAAAGGGGAAAUACCAGUAAUUAUCAUGAUAUAGGAUCAGUCUCUCUGUCCCUACUUUUCCUCUCUAACAGCCUUCUGAUGUACUACUAUUACUUUAUUUGCACUUUGUUCCGAUUUCCUUGUACCAGUGGGCAAAAACAACUGGUAAGGGAUUUCCAUAUUUCAGCAGUGUAAAUUACCUAAAAAAACUGGACAUUGCAGUGAUAAUAUGCAUGCUUGCAUUGCCGGAGGCCCCAUGCUACUUAGGUAGCACUGAGGGCUCUCACGUUAUUGUACAAAUUGGUGAUGGUAACCAAAAUUUGUAGGCACCACCACAGAAAAAUGUAUCAGGUACCAGCAGGAGAUUACUUGAAGCGAAGUAUUACUUGAUGGCAUUAUUAUUUAUUACCAAAUUCUAGGGUGAGCUUUGUCGGACUCUAGACUGUCUGAUAACCUCAAGCAGAUCUUACCAUACGCUGCUCGUCAUGAAUGACUCUCCCAUAGUAAAUUGUUGUGAAUAUAAGUAGUCCCAACACGUCGCACUGCAGACUAGUGAGCAACAUCCAUUGCUUGAUUCUCAUAAAGCUUGAUCAAAGUGGUUGUCUGACCACCGUAAUGCUUAAGCCAUUGCAGGACAUUUGGCCAUUUAGAAGACUUGUAAAGUUUGUUAGUAUUUCCCCUUGUAACAAGGGUAUCCACGCUCCGUUUAAUUUUAGAAUGCUUAGUUUUUAUGUUGUACAGUAAAGGAAGAAAAAUUGUCCACAAAAAGUUGAACAAGAAGCUGAACCCCUUCACCUCGCUAUUGUCAGCCGACCCCGGUCUGCCCCUGCAAUCUCCUCUUUUACAAUUUCAUGGGAGAGUUCUUACCUUUAUAAACAAACCUGAAACAUCUUAGCACCUGUGUGCACAGAAUAAGGGGUUUGAUAUACUGUAUUUGCUCAGUAAACCGUGUUGCAGUAUAAUAUACUCAAAAAUGUGAUGACCUGUUUUGUCAGUGAGGCAUUUUUGUUUCAUUUUUUUUGUGUAUUUCUAUGUUUCUGUUGGUAAUAAAUGGAAUCUAAAUGGUAUUGGAACUUCUCUUUGUUAUAAUCAAAGAGUCAAUGAGAUUUUAAAUGUUGCUCAUGUUGAACAAAUGCACUGACAUUUGACAUAGUCCAAGAAUGGAAUGUAAAUAUGCUUAAAUGAUUGUCUUCUGUACAUUUGUUCUCUUUAUGUAUAAAACAUGUCUGGACAUCUAUAAUAAUAAACUUUUUAUAUAUCGCAA